AUGUCAGACUCAUCCUCUGCCACGCCGCACAAGCGGAAUAAAUCCUCAAUCUCACGAGUCCUCCACCGUAUCGGCAGCAGAGGAGACGUCCCAACUCUGAAAUCAAUCUCCACCGAGAACCACGACGACGGCGGCAGCAUGGCGAACUCCGACAAUCCCGUGCACCUCUCGCCUUCACGAACCUCGAUGCAGUCGAACCGGCCGCACCUUUCUACCACCAUGACCAACCCGCAAACAUCGUCUCAGAAUCCAUACUCGCCGGUCGAGUCCAGUUCGCUAGCCACGAGCUCCACAACACAAGGUGCGACUUUGGAACAAAGCGUACGCCUGUUCAAGGUAUUCGAGGCCCUACGCAGUGGAGACACAUCCGCGAUAGCCAAGGCAACUCGCUCUGAUGGAGAAGCGAAGCUGGAGGGAACCACGAUACUACACCUCGCCAUACAGUGUGCAGAGACAUCGAUGAUCGAGUACGUUCUCACGCAGCAAGAUACGGACGUCAACGCAAAAGAUAAGGAUGGGAACACACCUCUGGCUGUCGCUGCAUCACUCGGCCGAUUAGCAGUUGUUAAGAUUUUGCUGGAGCAUAACGAGAUCAACGAUUCGAUUGCGAAUUACCAAGGCAAGACUGCACUAGAUUUGGCUCGUAACCCAGAGAUCUUCCAGCUCCUGCAGCUGGCAAGAUCGGUGUACAUCGACAGCAACGUUCGGCACAUCCAGCAGUUGGUUUCGGCUGGAGACUACGAGGCUCUUGAACAGGUGCUAAACGACACACGAGUGCAAUCUACCCUUGAUCUCAACGGCCCAGAACUAGCCACAGACCCGGCUACGACAUCGGAUGGAGGCAGUCUGCUGCAUGAGGCGGCCAGGAAGAAGGACGUCAAGUUGGCACAGCUCCUUCUGCUGAACGGCGCGGACCCAUUCCGUCGAGACCGAAGGGGAAAGCUGCCACAGGAUGUCACCAAAGACGAUCGCACAAAGGCGAUACUGAAGAAAUCUCCGGCCGCAGCGGCUGCACAGCGAAGCAUUCAAGAGAAGACAAUCCUCGGCGAUGGCGGGCUUGCUGCUGGAGCUCCAACCGAUGGUGGGCCAGGGAGUAAGGAGAGCAGAGAGAUGAAAGGAUAUCUCAAAAAGUGGACAAAUUACACCUCAGGUUACAAGUUGCGCUGGUUCGUGCUUGAGGAUGGUGUGCUUUCGUACUACAAACACCAGGACGAUGCUAGCAUGGCUUGCAGAGGUGCCAUCAACAUGCGGAUCGCAAAGCUGCACAUGGAUCCCAAGGAUAAGCUACAUUUCGAGAUACACGGAAAGAGCUCGGUCAGAUACGACAUGAAGGCAAACCAUCAAAUCGAAUGCAAACGGUGGUUCUGGGCUUUGAACAAUGCCAUUCAGUGGGCGAAAGAUGAGGCCAAGUCUGAGAUGAAGCGAGAGCACAAAGAAGCAAACGCCAGGCAUGAGCAGUUGGAAAAAUUGAAGACCAACAACACGGAAAAUGGCAAUGGUGCAUCGACGCUCCAUCCCGCCGCGGCGGCAAGCGUGGGCGUCGGAUCGACUUCUCAAUUCGGCGGAAGCAUUGCAGGUGAUGGAAUGAGCACCUAUGAGCCCAGCGAAGCGGAUGGUGUGAGUCAGACGAGACCGAUCGGCCGAGCAAACUCUGGUACCGUCGAUGGUGAGGACGACGACGACCAAUAUGGUGAUGAUGCAAGCAACUAUGAACCUCAACCGGCCAACAAGGACGCUUUCAGUAUCACUGCUCAGUCAGCUAAGCUGCAAUUGGAUCUCCUGGAGCAAGUUUCCGCCGCUCUGAAAAGCGAAAUCGCAAACAACCCGGAAAUGGCCAUCGGACAUGCCACCGUUGCGCAAGCAUUGUCAUCCUACGAAAAUGCAGUUGGCAAUCUCAAGUCUAUGCUCAUGGAUCUGCUGAGGAUUUCCAAGGACCACGAGGCGUACUGGCAAUAUCGAUUGGAGCGCGAGCAGAAUAUCCGAAGACUGUGGGAAGACUCCAUGGCCAAGGUCGCACAGGAGCAGGAGACGCUUGAAAACCGCAUCGGCGAGUCUGAGGAUAAACGUCGGAAAACGAAAAAGGCUCUCAAGGAGGCUCUUGAGGGGACAGCUUCACGAUCCGUCUCGCAGUCAAACGUCCUCUCGGCGAAAGAAUCUGAACUCGGUGUUCCUGCUGCUACCUCCAUCCAACGACGGCCGACCAUCGCCGAGCUUACGAACAACGAGGUCUCCGAUGAUGACAGCGAGGUCGAGGAAGAGUUUUUCGAUGCCAUUGAUGCCGGCGAAGUCGAGGUCCUCGAAACGAUGCCAAGUCCAUCCCUCCAACCCCGACAGCCUGAGCACACUCUGGAUGCCAAGCUCGACGGUGCAGCGGAGCCGGCUGAGAGCGAUCGUGACCAAAGAGCCAAGGAGAUCUCGAAAAGCUACAAGGGCUACGAAGACGGUUUCAGAAAGCGACUGAAGCUGGACGCUGACAACAGGCCGAAGGUCGGACUUUGGGGCAUCUUGAAAUCUAUGAUUGGCAAGGACAUGACGAAGAUGACUUUACCAGUGUCAUUCAAUGAACCAACAUCGCUUCUGUACCGUGUUGUCGAGGAUAUGGAGUACGCCGAUCUACUGAACGUGGCUGCUGAUCGCGAUGACUCGACCGAGCGCUUGGUAUUUGUUGCUGGGUUCGCCGCGUCCGAGUACGCCAGCACGAUUGGCAGAGUGGCGAAGCCUUUCAACCCGCUUCUCGGCGAGACCUACGAAUAUGUUCGACCGGACCUGAACUACCGCUUCUUCAUCGAGCAGGUUACACAUCACCCGCCGGUCGGUGCAGCUUUCGCCGACAGUCCAAAGUGGACGUACUACGGCGAAUCUGCAGUCAAAUCUAAGUUCUACGGAAAGUCAUUCGAAUUCAAUCCUCUUGGUACCUGGUUCCUGCAUCUCCGACCGUCGAAUGGAGCACCAGAGGAGCUCUAUACAUGGAAGAAGGUCACCUCCAGCGUCGUUGGCAUCAUCACCGGCAACCCUCAAGUCGACAACUACGGUCCGAUGGAAGUCAAGAACUGGACGACCGGUGAGGUCUGCUACCUCGACUUCAAGCCCAAAGGCUGGAAAGCCAGCUCCGCUUUCCACGUCACCGGCAAGGUCGUCGAUGCUGAUGGCAAAACCCGCUGGAGCAUCGGCGGUCGCUGGAACGACAAGAUUUACGCCCGUCUCACGCCAGGUUUCGAAGGCUCCGUCGAGCCGCCCACCGAUGCCUCUCACAGCAAGAGCUCUAACAACCAAGCCUUCCUCGUCUGGGAAGCACAUCAUCGUCCACCACCCGGCGAAAUCCCAUUCAACGUCACGCCCUUUGUCGUCACGCUUAAUGAUCUCCCCGAUCGUCUUCGACCCUUACUUCCACCUACCGACUCUCGUCUACGACCUGAUCAGCGCGCCAUGGAAGAAGGCGAGUACGAUUUCGCUGCGACGGAGAAGACUCGCGUCGAGGAAGGACAAAGGGCAAGACGCAGGGCGCGAGAGGCGAAGGGAGAGGAGUUUACUCCGAGAUGGUUCACGAGGGAGAAACAUCCGAUUACUGGUGAGGAUUACUGGAAGUUUAACAACCAGUAUUGGAGGGUUCGGGAUGAGGUCGCAGAGGGGAAGAAGAAGUGGGAGGAGGAGAGGUUGGAAGAGAUCUUCUAGAUGAUGCAGUGAUCAUCGACUGGAACGAGCAUGCAUUGCUCAGAAGACGCUUCGCUUCAAUGGCGAUGGAGAGGCGCUGCUACAUUUACGUACGAUAAUUUAUCACGAAGUCCUUGACGACAGCCAGAGGAUGCAUAUCUCUCAGACCAGCGUAACUUCCUGUUCCA